AUGUCCUUAGAUCAGCUGAUUGAUAAGGUGGCUCUACUAGCAGCACUGGAUGCAUCUGACAAAGACACAAGAAUAAUGGCCAUUGCUGUCACCUUGCAGAGGACAUCAUGGCUGCAGUCAUCAGGCAUUCCAAAAGGGGUCCAGUCUACAAUUGAGGACCUUUUGAAGGGCCAUCUCGCUUCAAGAAGGAUGUCUGGGGAGCGAGCUUUCCUGAAACUGCCCCCACUAGGAAGGUGUCAGAAAGUUAACUCCUGUAACAAGGAGGAGGAUAUCUACAAAAUGUUUACAAAACUAUCCAGACUUCACUGCAAACUGCAGGAUCCGCUGAAGGAGCUGCUUUAUCAGUGCGCUAGUGAGGAGGAAGGAGAAUGUUUCCACAGCUUCAGCUUUGAAAAUCUUUUAACUGGUAAGGGGCUACACCGUGAGCUUUAUCUUUCACCAGAGCCAGACCACGUACCACUCUGGAAAAGAAAUAUUUCCAACAGGCUUGCUGAGAAAUACAGGCAAUUCAGAUUGAACAUAAAGGACACCCCGAUGUCAGCAGUAAUUGUAAGAUGGAUAAAAAGAAACAUAUUAGCAUCAUAUGACUAUCACUCAGUUAUCCAAGAACUAUCAAGAUUCGGUGCUAUUGAAUCCGUGACACCUUCUGGAAGACAAACAGCUGUAGUUAUAUUCAAAGACAUCAUUUCAGCAUGUAAAGCAAUGAACGCUUUCCCAGCCAAUGACCCAGGCAGAAGGAUCCAAUGUGUUUGGCAUCACAAAUUCAUGUCUGAAUACAGAAUGUCAGGCCACAGAAAGAUAAAACUUACAAGUUAACAACAUUUUUAUUAAA